AUGGCCAUGGCAUCUCCAAAUGAGAGCCCAAAACGAGGCUGCCCUUGUCCUGGCGAUAACCUAGCAGGCCCUGAUCGACUCCGAAGCCCGAGGUUUGCUUUCAAUGUCCCUCCCUCUUCACCAAGCUUCCACUACCAGGACCGGCCACUUACUCCCCCACCCAUGUUUCGAAAUGCAGUGCUGGGAGAGCAUCGAAGGCGACAUUUCCAGAAUAAUAAUUACACCGCAAACAGCACCACCACCACUACUUCUUCCCAUCCAAAAGUCCAAAUUUGUUUGAUUGGUGCCGUUAUGUUUUUCUCCAUUCUUACCGUCAUUGGUAUCCCAAUCAUGCUGUUCUAUGUUUUUGGACCACAUUCUCCUUCCUUCUCUGUUGAACAAGUUUUCUUUUACUACCCUAUCUUUUACAGCUCCCCUACAAGGUUCUCGUCUUUGUUUAAUAUCACCAUGAAAGUGAACAAUCCCGCCAGGCACAUCGGUCUUUUCUAUGAACAUGAUAACUCCAUUGUUGCUAGUUAUUAUGGCAUUCGCUUGUGCAGCGGUGAGAUUCCACCUUUCUUCCAACCACCCAAGGACGAGAUGUUGGUGCAAUCUCCCUUGACGGGUCUUGGGGUGGUUUUGCCAGAUGAUGUAAACCAGAAACUGGAAAAUGAUCAUAAAAAAGAAAGGGUGCCGCUGACUUUGAGUAUGAUGGGCAUGGUCAGGUUUAAGAUGGGUUCUGUCACGUCAAGAGCUUUGCUAAAGGUCUCUUGUGAGAUGGUCUUGGACAACUUGAUGACUUACACUCCCAAUAUCAUUUCUAGUAGUUGUGAUUCUGCUGCAGGAUUUUGGUUUCCUACUAUUAGAAACUAG